UAUAAAAACUUUAGGUGGAUCUCUUAACGUCUUCAUUUGAAUUUGGAAGUUCUCUCCACUGCGCUCUGCUCCAUCUUCCUAAUCCUUCGCGUUGCCAUUCAAAUUUUCAUUUUCCUUUGUUCGGGUGAGGGGAAAGAAUCCAAGAGAAAUGAAGGAAACAAUGUGCUGCUUUACAACGGCUACAUGAUGGAUUAUAAAUUUAUAACCUUACUAUAGUUGAUUAUGGUGAGGAUGCAUUAUAACUCAUGGGAGCAAAAAUAGGAUGAGAAAGUAACUCAUAGGUAGCACAAAGAGUGCUUAAAUCUGUGCAGUUUUGGAGAUUAAGGAGUUGAAUACUAUGGGAAAAGAGCAUGGAAAAAAUCCAAUUGUAAUGUCAGAAGGUGAAUCAGAAACUUUCUCUGAUAUUGAUGAUGAUGAUGUUGAUGUGUACCUUCAUGAUGAAGAAGGGAAGAAUAUCAAGAAGAUACUAUGGGAAAAAGUGAACCGAGUGUAUCUUUUGGAGCAGGCAGCCAAGGAAGCAACUGGCACGAAAGCUGUUGGGGAAAAUUUAGGAAACUGUUCGGAGGUUUUACUUGCGGCUAGAGAUCUUGACAAAGCUGUGGCGAAAUCCAGAAAGGAAAGGAAACAGAGAGAAGGCCACGAGUCAAAAAAUUUAUGGCCAGCUCAAUCUGCUACAGAGGCUGUUGGCCAGAGUCGCAAAUCUAGAGUCAAUUUUGAUCGCCUCAAUGAAUUAUUGAAUUAACUGGUGUGCUUGCAAAGAUUCCAUAGAAGAUGGUGUUGUCUCUUGUUUUUGUUUUUCAAGACGCUCUUGAGCCAUAAGUAGACUAGAGCCUCCAUCUCUUCUAUGGUGUAGGGUUCCAUUCUUGAAAUCACAAAAGUAAUGAAUGGUUCGUAUUCUUGAGAAUGGCCAUUGGAUAUGGCUUGGAUCUGGUCCUCAAUAUCAAUUGUAGCUCCAAUAGCAGCCAAUAGAUAAACAGUUUUCUUGAUGGAAAACAUGUAUUAAUUGGUAGUACCAAUUUUCUCUAAAAAAUUUAAGUGCAAUUUUAAUUGAUUUCCCUUUGUUCGAGUCUAAGAAGUAAAGAAGACUUUAAGCUUUUUCCAGAUGUGAUGAGAGAAUUCACAACCAACCAUUCUAGUUUUUAGAUUCUUUGACAAAGAUGAUAAGAAGCCAAGGUACAAGAAGUUCAUCUUAUUGCUCCAAAUUUGCAUACUCAUCACCAACUUUUCCUUGUAUUUAGUGUUCUUUUGAUCUAUAUUUUUAAGUGUUUCCUCCAUUUUCUGAAA